UCUGUGCUUCGGACAUGGAGAUCAGCUUCAAGAACCAACGCAUCCUGGUGACGGGAGCGGGUCGAGGGAUCGGCCGCGAGGUGGCGCUGUCGCUGGCUCGGUGCGGCGCGCAGGUGGUGGCGCUGUCCCGCACCCAGCACCACCUGGACACGUUGGUGGCCGAGGCUAAGGCCGAGGGCUUCUCCAUCAGCCCCCUGUGUGUGGACGUGGCCGACUGGGCGCGCACCAGGCAGCUGCUGGCCGGCCAGCCGCCCUUCGAUGGGCUCGUCAACAACGCGGGCAUCGCCUGCCUCAACCACUUCGCCAGCGCCACCAAGGACGACGUCGACAAGAGCUUCGAAGUUAACCUGAAGGCGGUGAUCAACAUCAGCCAGGUCGUCUCGGACGGGAUGAUCAAGAGCGGGAAGGGUGGCAGCAUCGUCAACGUGUCCUCCCAGACCGCCAUGGUGGCCAUCCCCAACCACGCGGUCUACUCGGCCACCAAGGGCGGGCUGGACCAGCUGUCGCGGGCCAUGGCGCUCGAGCUGGGCCCGCACAACAUCCGCACCAACUGCGUCAACCCCACCGUCGUCUGGACCGAGAUGACCAAGAAGGGCUGGCCCGACCCUGACAAGCUCGCCGCCAUGAUCUCCAAGAUACCGCUCGGGAAGCUGGCAGAAACCACGGACGUGGCGAACGCGGUGCUGUUCCUGCUGAGCGACAAGGCGGCCAUGAUCAACGGCGUGUCUCUGCCGGUCGACGGCGGCUUCACCGCCACCUGAGGCUCCGACCCACACCAGCCAGCGGCGAGGAGCGACUCGUCUCUCCUGUCCUGUCUCCCACGUCUGUAGCGUGACGCAAAUAAAUGGUGCUGCGUGCAAA